AGUGAACUGAAGAGUCUGUAUGAUCUGGAACUCACUCUCUGAAACUCUCUCAGUUGUUGUUGGGUGUAGAGACAAAAUGUUGCUGAGUCUGCAGCUGCUGCUUCUACUGACUCUGACCAUAAGGACAGAUGGAUAUGAUUUGUACAUGACAGCUGAGUGCAUCACCAGUUCACCAGAUCUGACUGAUGCGGAAUUUAUUCAGUCAUGUUAUUUUAAUAAGGAUCCAUAUUUACGGUUUAACAGCACAGUGGGGAAGUUUGUAGGGUUCACAGAGUUCGGAGUGAAGAAUGCAGAGCGCUUAAACAGCGGAUCUUAUGUACAGCAGAUGAGAGGAGAGCUGGAGAGAUACUGCAAACACAACCUGAAAAAUGAUUACUCCUAUGUUUUGGAGAAAACAGUGAAGCCAAGGGUCAAACUUAUGGCGGAAAAGCAGGGCAUCGGUGGUCAUCCUGCCAUGCUGAUGUGCAGCGCGUAUGGCUUCUACCCUCCAGCCAUCGAUGUGUACUGGCUGAGAGAUGGUAAAAAAGUGACCGGUGAUGUGACCUCCACUGGGGAGAUGGCUGAUGGUAACUGGUACUACCAGAUCCACUCCCACCUGGAGUACACGCCCGCAUCUGGAGAGAAGAUCUCCUGUGUGGUGGAGCACACCAGCUCUAAGGAGCCCAUCAUCUACGACUGGGAUGGCUCUCUUCCUGAGUCUGAGAAGAACAAGAUCGCUAUCGGAGCUUCAGGGCUGGUGUUGGGGGUCAUCCUGUCAGCUGCUGGAUUCAUCUACUACAAGAAGAAAUCCUCAGGCCGGAUCCUGGUGCCGAGUUAAGCUCUGGUCUUUGUGAUGUUGAGGACUCACCUUUAAUCUCAGGUGGAAAAGCAGCAGAAACUACAACAGAUUUUAUCAUCUGCAUCCUGUUCAUAGAAUACAUUUAAACAGCUUUUUAUUUCUUAAACUCUUUACUGAAAGCAAAAGCUUUAUUAUUUUCAUCUUGUGAGUUUUUAUGUAUUGUUAAUGAUGAGAGGAACUAUUAGAAAUAUUCUUUACUGCAUAAAUUUAUGUAAGUUAAUGAACUGUUUUAGAGACAAACUGAUUGAUGUCACAUUGAUCUACUACAGGAUUAGUAAAAACCAUUUAUAGACCAUCCUUACACGAGACUUAAUUAUUUCAUAUGUGUGAUUAUACCAAAGAUUUACAUUGACUGUUGGAAUGGGCAAAUCUGGCUUUGACUAACCGAAGAACUCUUUAAAUUUGCUUCUGGAAUUAUGUGUACAUUUACCUUUUCCUUAACAGACCAGCAUCAGGGUCAAGCUUUUAUUAACAAACAAAUAUCUAUUAUCAUCACUAGCUGUGUAUAACAUUUUAAAGUGGAAUUGGCUCUUGAUUUUGUGUGUAUUUGACUGCUUUAAAUAAACAUUUCUUAA